AUGGCCUGGCCCUGCAUCACUCGCGUCUGCUGCCUGGCGCGCUUCUGGAACCAGCUGGACAAGUCGGAUCUGGCGGUGCCGCUCACCCUGCACAACUACUCCGACAUCGAGGAGGAGGGGGCGGGCGCGGGGGGCGGGGGACGGGUCCCAACAGGUGGCGGCGGCCGCCGCCCCCCCGCCCCUCCCCGCACGGCCGCCGCCCUGCCCGCCUCGGCGUCCGCCCCCUCGCUGCAGGGCAGCCUGGCCGGCGGCAAGCGGCCGUCGAGGAAGGGGCGAGGCAAGGAGCCCUUCGCGGCGGAGACCCAGUACCAGCAGGACUUCGGAGCGUGGCCCGUGCCAAAGCGGGGCGCCCUGCCGUGGGUCGGGGAGUGCAGGAGGGGGGGCCCCGCCGGGGCGCCCCCCGCCACCGUCCGCCCGGGCUCCCGCGUGGCCGCGCUGCCCACGGCGGAGCCAGAGGCGGGCGGGAAGCGCGGCGGCUUGAAGCAGCUGCGCUCCUCCGCCUCGCCGCCAGGCGUCGCCAAGACCACCUGCUACAGGCAAGAGUAUCGCCCAUGGACUGGAGCAAAACGAUCCAGGGCCUCAAAGACGAAACAAGGGUUCAUUAUCCCAGAGGAUCACUUUGUGCGAGAAACUAGCUACAAGGCAGACUUUAAGAUACCUGAAAGGAAGGCUAAUUUCUCUCCCAACCCUUCUGCAGUUUUCCAGGCUCCUUCUCGCAUCCUCAAUGUAUGAAUCUGGAUCUCAUACAUUUCCUGUCCAGGCAGCUUGAAUGUUAAAAUUGUAAAAAUGUACAGCUAUGCAACUUUCAUGAGUGGUGUUGAGAUAAGAGGAAGUAUAAUUCAGAGCAGCUACAGUAAUUAUCAGAAUGUAUGCAUCUGUUAUGAACAUGUAAAUCAUAAAAGCACUUGAGUUGGAGACAGCAGAAUAUACUGUGGAGAAUGACCUAUUUUCAUAGAAAUAGGCUCAUU